AUGGGAACUAUGUGUGAGGUGUGUGGCGAGUUUGAAGCGAAAUAUAAGUGCCCGCGCUGCUUCAAGAGGACGUGCUCGUUGAAGUGCUCGAAGCUGCACAAGACGCAGAGUGGGUGCGAUGGGAAGAGCCAUGAUCCUACUGUAUACAUUGAGAGUCGGUCACUCAAGGAAGCGGAUGAUGAAGCGCAUGAAUCAAACGUGUUGGUGCAGCGAGAUUUUAAUUUUCUGACCAAUAUUAAACGUGAAGUUGAGCUCAAGAGAAGGGACGGCAAGACCAGAAACAAAAGAACAUUGCAGGAUAGCUUUGGGAGCCAUAACAACGCUAGCAAUAAGCGCGGAAGAUUUAGUUCUGAGGACUGCCCAAGGAUUAUCCGGCGUGGUGUCAAUUGUUUAGUGCUGCCGAGGGGUAUGCAGAGAUCUAUGGCCAAUAAGAGCAAAUGGGAUAAGGCGUUGGACCGGUUUGUAUGGACGAUAGAGUGGGUGUUGUUUCCGCCAAUUUUAGAUGCAGCACCGAGUGAGGUGGUCGGGAACAACUUUUCUCACACAAGUCACAGGAUUAAGGAAGAUGAUACCCUCGUCGAGGCAAUGGGUAAGAUAAUAUAUGACAAAUGUCGUGAGUUUUACAAUCUGAGAAUCGAAGAAGAUGGAACUAAUACCGAAACAAAAUCAACGAGAUCACAGGCCUUGGUCAAAAGUCGAUUGAAGUUUUAUACCAAGUGGUUCCCAUAUAAUACAAUGCAAGCAUUAGAUUCCAAAAAAUUGAUUGAAUUAGAUUCUUCGAAACCUAUUUGCGAACUAUUUAGAAACAAGACGGUGCUUGAAUUUCCGACGAUAUUUACUGCCAUUGAUGAAACGGAUCUUCCCAGUGAAUAUUCGGUAGUUGAUGGACAAGACUUUGAGCACGCAAUAAAAGGAGAAGAGACAACAACAGCACACAAUGGAGGUGAAAGCUUGAGCGACUCUGAUAGCGAUAGUGUGCCCCUAGAGGAGAGCUAUAAAUUGGUUCCAUCAAAGCGACAGACUACACAGAUUGCAGAUGCUGCACCUGCCCUAGAGGUUCCUCAAAAGAACGAACUCAAGCAAGCUUCGCCCAUAAAGGCCGUUCCGACUCAGUCAGCACGAUAUAGUGAGAAAGAAGAGGAGGAUGACGACAGCGAUAGCGAUGGAUAUGAUCCUGGUAUAACAAUGGACUUUUUAGCAGGUUAA